CGCACCACCUUCGGACUUCUCGGGUCCGUUACUGUGUAAUCUAAUCCGCUGGUAUCUCCUCAGCUUGCCCAAAUGGACCAGUUGUUUGCCAUUGAACUGCAUUUAAGGAGGGCGUAUUUCCGGGAGUAGGCAACAGCCUGACUCCAAAUCAUUUCCACAUAUCCAUCGCAAGCAUAAAUCGCCCCUUCUUUUACUACAGCAUUUCUGCAACUACUCUAUAGUCCAAAAUGCGUGUGUUCAUCACUGGUGGCUCCGGUCUGAUCGGAAAAGCGGUCAUCAAAGAGCUUCUCGACGCAGGACACACCGUCUUGGGCCUCGCACGCUCCGACAAGGCAGCAGAGGAGCUGGCUGCCCUUGGAGCAGAUGUGCAGAGGGGCUCCCUCUAUGACUUGGAUAUACUGAAACAAGGAGCUGCUUCAUCGGAUGGCGUGAUCCAUCUAGCAUUCGUUCACGAUUUUGCCAACUUCGAGCAAGGCUGUCGCACAGACCGGGAAGCCAUCCAAGCUAUGGCGGAUGUUCUCGCUGGAUCAAAUCGUCCUCUGAUAAUCACCACUGGAACCCUACUGCUCACACACGGUCGCAUCGGGACUGAAGACGACUCUCAUGACGCCUCGUCCUCAACGUUCGCCGCUCGUGGGCAGUCGGAAGUGUUGGCUAGAAGACUUGCUUCCAAGGGUGUUCGCACAGCAAUCAUGCGUCUUGCGCCUACAAACCAUGGUGAUGAUGACAAACAUAUGUUCAUGUCCACCCUAAUUUCUACUGCACGUGAGAAAGGCGUCUCUGUCUAUGUCGGCGAUGGACUGAACCACUGGCCUGCAGUGCACUAUUUGGACACUGCCGUUGCCUACCGACUUGCGCUAGAGAAGGCGAGCGCUGGUUCGACAUUCCACGUCGUUGCAGAAGAAGGUGUCAAGAUGAAGGAUAUCGCGGAAAUGAUUGGGAAGAAACUUGGCCUCCCGGCCCAGUCGAAGUCUAUAGAAGAGGCGCAGGAACACUUCGGCUCGUUUGGCUUGGCAGUUGCUGCCGAUAACUUUGUCUCAAACAAGAAGACUCGGGAAGUAUUGGGUUGGAACCCCCAGCAAUGUACACUGCUUGCCGAUCUUGAAGAUGGAAGCUACUUCAAGGAUGUAUGAUACCAGCAAGCAAAGUUUAUUUGCUCACCGUUUCGAUAUCAAUAUCAAUGAAAGGCGUUUGAAACAAAGUAGACACUAUUUGA